UCUUCUGAACGGUCGAAGCAGCUGUUGGCGUCGUGCGAACCGGUCUACUCAUCUAUUUUACGAGUUGCGCAAGGAAUCGUGGCAUUGUUACUUUUGGCGCCAACCGUUCAGGAGACGAUAUACGUUCUCAAUCCACGCUAAAUAACAACAGAGAUAAUGCCGCCAAGGAGAGCUGCAAAACGUGCUGCCGAGGAUCCUGAGAAGCCAGAGAAGGCAUCGAAGCAGAUUAAGAAGAAGCAAGAAUUAAGCAUAAAGCCUGAUUUACGAUCACUUCCGAUCGGUGGUGUUAUGCUUACGUUCGGACAAGGCGAUUUUGGACAACUUGGCCUGGGAGAAGAAAUUACUGAAAAGACGCGUCCAGCAGCUAUACCUACUUACCAAGACAUUAUAGCUAUCACAGCUGGUGGUAUGCACAAUGUGUGUUUGAGAAAGACAGGAGAGGUAUUAACCUUUGGAUGCAACGAUGAUGGUGCACUCGGACGAAAUACCAGCAAGGAAGGAUCGGAGACAGUACCGUUGCCAGUUGAAUUACCUGGUAAAGUCAUCCAGGUUACGGCAGGAGACUCGCAUACAGCAGCACUGUUAGAGGACGGCCGAGUAUUUGCGUGGGGCACAUUUAGGGACACACACGGUUCUAUGGGACUAACAUUGAACGGGACCGAACGAGAUCCGAUACAGAUACUACCUAAUGAGAAAAUCGUGAAAGUAGCAUCGGGCAAUGAUCACUUAGUGUUACUUAGCGAAAAUGGACGUGUAUAUACCUGCGGAUGCGGCGAACAAGGACAACUGGGACGAGUAGCUGCGCGAACAGCCACUAGAAACACACGACAAGGAAAGGGUCCGCUACUGACUCCUGGCGUAGUUGAAUUUAAGAUUAGUAAGAAACUCAAGUUUGACAAUAUAUGGGCAGGGAAUUUCUGUACAUUCGCCAGAGAGCACAAGAAGGGAGACAUAUACGUUUUUGGCCUAAAUAAUUUUAAUCAGAUUGGUUUGAAGGAUAGAGAAAUACAUUUCCACCCACAAGUAUCAAAAACUUUCAGCGGUAAGGAGUGGAAGCACAUCAGUAGUGGAGAACAUCAUACUGUAGCUUUAGAUAGCGAGGGACAGGUAUUUGUGAUGGGCCGCAAGGAAUAUGGUCGUCUUGGCCUGGGAGCUAAUUGCUCGGAUGCAGAGGAACUCACUCUGGUACCUGCCAUAAGUUCCAUCAAGUACAUUGACGUGGAUACGGGUAGCAGAGAAUCUUUUGCGGUCACCGAAACAGGUGAAUUGUACGCGUGGGGUAUGGGAACCAAUGGUAAUCUUGGUACAGGAGAUGGAGAGGAUGUCGAAGAGCCAGCAUUAGUGAAAGGGAAGCAGUUGGAUGGUAAAACAGUGGUACGAAUCAGCGGUGGUGGCCAGCAUACCUUGGCUUUGGCAACGAUGCGUCUAGUGAAGGACAAAACUGCUGGUUAAUGCUAAAUAACAUUUAUUUUCAAUUUAAAAACUUCAUGAGAAAUCGAGACAUUAUAAGCUCUGGGAAGAGUUCAAGAACUUGAUGAAAAUUGUAAUUCUGUUUCCGCUUGACGACCUGACAUCAACGUUAAGAAAUGAAAACAAAUUGAUUUCUUUUUUCUUUUGUUCUUUGCGCUCAUAUCACGUAUGCGAGACAUCAAUUUGUUUCCAUCUCUCAAUGUUGAUGUCAGGUUGUUUAGCGGAAACAAAAUUACAUUUUUCAUCAAAUUUUUGAAUUUUUCCCACGGGUUUAUGACGUCUAGAUUUAUACAUAGUACUUGGUGCCAGAUUCCAAUCAUGUUUGCGAUAAUUAUUAAAAUGAGUUCUUGAUGUAUCGUUAUUUAAAUUACUUAUUAUAUACAUAUAUAUAUAUAUUGCUAAAAAUUAAGUUUUUCUAUUUGAAAAUCGAGAUUUGUGUUUGAGAAUAUACAGUAUACUUUUGAAGUAUAAGGAAAAUAUAUUUCAAUUAAUCAAAUAAAAAUCCAUUAAACAUUGCAGUACUUUGACAAAACGUUUAUAAAACAAAUUGAGAGAACUGUACAAUUAGUUAAUGCAUCAUUAUGCUAAUGCAUUUAUACUGCUGAAUAUUGUGCUGCUAAUCAUUAAAGUUUAGUUUAUAUGUUGUAUACUUGUACACAAAAUCUCACCCCAUUAAAAAAUAAAGUAUUUGUAAAUAAUAGGCU